AAUAGACGCAACUUUAUUCCUAUCGUCGAAUCAGAAUUUUUUCUCCUUUACCUUUCCCAAUUCUCACCCAAUGGUGUCGCAUUAGAUGUCUUCUUACAACACAAGAAAUCCAGUUCUAUUUGUACCUUAAUUUGCUUCCUGUUAAAUGAGUUCACUCAUUGAUCCAUUUUUUCAUCUUCCAUAUCUCCGUUGUGUUCGUAUUGUGACAUGGGUGCUGCCAUAUCUCGGCUAGCAAAGUGGCUUUUCCCCAAAUGUGAAAUGAGGAUUCUGAUGCUGGGUCUUGAUGCUUCUGGGAAGACAACCAUCCUUUACAAGCUCAAACUGGGUCAUAUUGCUACCACCAUACCGACAAUCGGUUUUAAUGUGGAGACUAUAAAGUACAAAAAUAUUAGCUUCACUGUCUGGGAUGUAGGAGGACAAGAUAAGAUUCGACCUUUGUGGAAACAUUACUUUCAGAAUACUAGAGGAUUAGUCUUUGUUGUGGACAGCAAUGAUAGAGAGAGAAUCCCAGAAGCCCGCAAUGAGCUUCAUCGUAUUAUUGGCGAGAAUGAAUUACGCAAUGCCUUACUUCUUGUCUUUGCCAAUAAGCAAGACCUUCCAAAUUCUCUGAGUGUUUCUGAGGUUGCCGAUAAACUUGGUCUACACUCACUCCAUCAGCAUCGUUGGUACAUCCAGAGCACUUCUGCCGUAUCUGGCCAAGGACUGUAUGAAGGCCUCGAGUGGCUAUCCAACAAUAUUCCUGUAAAAUAUGUAAAACAGAAACAGAGAAAAGGAAGAGAAGGAAACAGAGAAUAGGAAAAGAAUGAAUUGAAUUACUUGAAUGAAUACUGCUUUACAUCACAUCUAUUUAUAUACACGUAUUGGCAUUGUAAGCUAUCUGAUUUUACUAUAUCAGAUACAAGAAAAACAAGAAAUGUAACUAACUUAUUACAUCAACUAACUUAACUGUCAUAUAAUAGUUUCUUUAUUUGAUUUUAGCAUUUUUGCUUCA